AUGGUAGCAAUAAAAAAACCUAACUGGGAGCUUAACAUCAGGAAUUUCGAUUGUUUCAUCCAAUUUAGUGCUUCGUACAUUUGUGAAAGCAAGGGUGGACUGCGCAAUCUGGUUGGAAGUGCAUUACCAAAGCUUAAAUUUAAAGUAAAGUAUGUGGUAGAUCCACACUACAUUAUGGUUGUAGAACGAAUGGGUCGGCUCGACCGAGAAAAAAAAGCGAAAAAAUACUGGGUACACCCCCUUUGGAAUGAGAGGCUAUUAAGUGGAAAGUUCUACACUAUGUUUUAUAAGUUUCGAGAAUAUCCAAAUAAAGUUUUUCGAUAUUUCCGAAUGAGUGUUAGAAGUUUUGAUGAAUUACUUCGCACUUUAGGACCUGCAUUAACAUACAAAAAUACAAACAUGAGAUUGUCCCAACUGAAGAAAGACUAG